AUACACUACUUUUCACUCUGCUGCCUGUCCCAAGGUGAGUCCAUGGACCAAGCGUUAAAACUGGGUUUCCUCAAACUUUGUUGCCAAUCAGCACUGGUUCGAGACUCUGUUCGAUUAUGGUUCAGUUUGCUAGAACCAAAUAAUUAUAACAGCUAUGACAUGAACACCUCUUGAAAAAUGAAGUGUAGCAACAUCAAGGAAAAAGAUGACAUGGGAUAAAGGACCUGGAGAGAAGCUACAGAAGUAGCAUCGAUCAAUCAAGGCGAAAACAAUUUUUGAAGCCCUAUGUGCCACUAGUGGGUAACUGUAGUUAAAGUAAGUUGAUUAACUAACUACAAAGACUACAGUGUAAAUUGUUCUUUUGCCAUUGGAAUAAUUCUUACCUGAAAAGAAGUCAGAGGUCGACUAAACAAAGAUUGUGUAUACAGUAACUAACAAAGUGUUGACUUUACUUUAUAUACACAAUACCUAUUCAAUGACUGCAAUUUCAAAGAAGCCUUAAGUUAGACGGGACUUAGUUGUACCGACCACCAUUGUAGUAUUACAAGUGAAUUUCCUCAUGAGUUAAUAUCGAGAUAAAAAAAAAUUAAUUAAUAUUACUUAUACAUUAGAUUACCAGAUUUUUAAUUAGGACUACAUUGAGUGAUACCAGUGCCACAAAUUUCCCGCAGAGCCGUUACCUUAUUUCAGUAAGAAUGUCGCAGCAGAAAAGUGUCUCUACAAAACGUACAUGUACUAAACAUGAAGGAAAACCAAAUAAGCUGAUGUAUUGCUUAUCUUGUAGUGAAAAGUUUUGCGAGAUUUGUGAGUCAGACGAUCACCAGGUACCAGACCACGAUGUAUCCACUAUUGAACUUGCACUGACUUUGAGAAUGAAAUCUAUGAAAGAAACAAUCAAAAUGGCAGUAGAGAAAAAAGAACGCUUGCAAGAUGCUACACGUAGGUGUCAAAGGAUAAUUCAAAAUACAGACGAAGAAGAAACCGUGGCAAUUGAGCUUAUUGAAAACCAUCGUCAAAACUUAAAAGUUGCUGUUGAUGAAGCUUGUGAUAAAUUGAUUACUGAAUUAAAUAUCGCGAAGAAAAAUAAAGUCCAAUCCGUGACUGACCAACUAGCAUUAAUAAAUAAACAAGAGCAACUUAUUACUACAUCAGAACUUAUAAUGAAGGCUGCUCUAAAAUCGAAAAAGGGCGCAAUCUUAGAUAAAAAGAAAACUGAUGAAGAGGAAAAUUUGAAAGAUGUAAUCCGUUCAACGACAGCAGAGACAAUACGUGGAGUUUAUAACAUACCCAUUUCAUUCUAUGCAAGCGAGGAAAGUAUACAGCGUAUUUCGACAUCAGUUGGCUCAGUGGUAACAGAAAGUAAUUUUAUUUGCUUAGAGCUUGAAGGAAUAGCGCAAGAUGAAGCAGUUGUUGGAGAAAAUAUCACAAUUUUGGCAAGUCAACACCCUGCCAUACCACAAGUAGCAAUAGUCAAUAAUUUUCAACUCAUAUUGUUCGAUGGUGAAGGUAAUGCUAAUACAUUACCUGUAGCAUACGUUAAUGGUCGGUUUGAGAUCAAGUUCGUCCCACUCGUAGCAACAGAAUAUACGAUAAAGUUACAAUUCAGUAACGGAGAGAUGAGUGAAAGUAUGUUGAAGGUAAAUGUCCGGGCACGAGAGCAUACGGUACUUGAAAUAGGGAACGUUGAAAAUGACAAGAUUAAGUUCCAUCGACCUAACGAUGUAUGCAUUACAUCGGAUGGUUUAUAUGUGGUUGCCGACCGUUUCAACAACAGAGUAGUAAUUUGUAACAGAUUAGGAAAAAUUGAAGGAGAGAUCAAAGCAGUAAAGUGGAAUGGAAAAUCUGAAUGCCGAAUUUAUCCGCAUGGGGUUUCUGCGACUUCUAGUGGUGGUAUUCUUAUUGCAGACCCUGAAAACAAAAUAGUAUUCCUCUGUAACCGUACAGGCCACCUUCAAAAACGUUUUGGUGAAAGCUUGCUACGAUUUCCAACAUCCGUGGCUGUAGGUAAUGAUGGUUCGGUGUAUGUUAUUGACAGCAAGCAUAAUGCAUUGUAUACAUUCAAUGAGGAAGGGAAGAUUUUGAAAAGAAUUCCAAGCGCAGACGAUGAAAUAUUGACUCUGAUGAAUCCACGUUAUGUAUGUGCUUCUGCUACUGGAGAAGCUCUCGUCGCUGAUACUGGCAACGCUCGAAUCUUAGUUCUUGACACAUCGGGGAAAUUGCUCAAUUUUAUAAAAAUUGAAUACAACGACAGAAUCGGUUAUCCAAAUGGAAUUACUGUUGACAAUGAAGGUAUAAUAUACGUUUCUGUAUCUCAAGAAGGAGAAAAUGGCCAUUUAAUUCUUAAGUACAAAAUGACCGGUACUUUGAUUGGUCACGUGGAAUCAGAUUGUUCAAGAUUUGUGCGCGGUAUGUGUAUGGAUUCUUCCUUUCCCGUUAGCGUAUUAUUGGUUGCUGAUUAUACUAACAACUGUAUUAAAGGGAUUUCAGUUGAGAGUUUAAAUGGUGUUUAAAAUAAAAUUUUAAAUUUUCGAAUGUGAAAAUUUGAUUUGAAACUGGGAGUAGCAUAGCAUAAUUGCCUAAAAUGUGUGGUACUUACGGUACCCUACAGUAUGUCCUUAUAAAUCAUGUAGACAUUUUUGCUUCAGUUUCUAUUCAAUCAUCAAGUUAUUUUGUGAAUAUAGCGCAAUUUUGUAAAUAUAGUUUAUGAGUGAGUUGUUUUGUGUACAAAAUGGCCAAAGAAUUCAGUAUACUCUUCUAUUUUGUUUAUUUCAUUUUAAUAUAUUUAUUUUUAUUCAAUAGUAAAAACAAUUUCAAAACAGAAAUGAAAAGGACAGAGACAAAAACCAUAGAGAACAGUGUAAAAAUGAAAUUUCAAGAUGUGAUUUAAAUCAUUGUUGAUGUCGGUUUCCAAAACUGCUUCCAGACAACAUGAUUUACAGUAAAUAACAGCUGGCAGUUAUAUAAUACGCCUCCUGUAUUCUUUUGCCUAGAACCUUAAAUUAGCUACUGGUAAUCAUUUUAAGAUAUAUGUUUUGUAGUAAAAUGUCAAUUAGCGAUUACUAUAAUUGUUUAAUCAGGUUCCGGUUGGAACUUAAUAAUUUAAUAACUAAUUUAACUUUUUUGGUAUGAUACAAUUUGUACAGAUAGAUAAUACCGGUAAUUCAUAAUAAUAAAAGUACAUUAUAAUUUUCAUUUUGUGAAGAGGGAACUCUGCUAAUAAGCCUGCUUUUAGUUGCAGAGCUCUAGCAUAAUAUAAUACAAGCUUUAGAAAAAUCAAUUGAAAUAGUCUUUUCAUAUAAAUAAAAAAAA